GAAGCUUGAUGCGUUUCCGUCAGUGCGCUUGUCACUGGUGCUGCUGCUGCUGCUGCUGCUACCUCUGCCGCCGAUAGCUCGCUCGUCCUGAUGGUGCACCGAUCCCGGCCAGAACUCCACCUCCCCGGCCCCGCGCGAGAAAUGCCCCUGCGGCGUGUGUGAACCGGCGAAGCUCGCGUCGAGGAAGCGGAGCGGCGAGGCGAGGCGAGUCUCCGGGCAAAACGGCUUUGACUAGCGGCCAGACGAAAGCGGUCAGGAUGUUGCAAGUGUUAGCUUGUGGCGCCGUAGUUUUCCCCGGUUUGUUCUUCGCCUUCAAGAAGAUCCUGCCCAGAGUGUUCACACGUUGGAGCGAUGCCGACGUGGUGCUGGUUAGCGAAAGGCUGGUGUCCUCCAUCCAUGCUGUCAUGGCAACCACAGCGGGAAUCAUCAUUGUUACCUCUUGCCGGGGCAAUGUCAUCGAGAGCAGGCAUUGGCUGGCCACGUACUUUGUCAUCUGGUACGGCGUGCCCUACAUGGCCUAUGACCUCCUCGCCAUGUACCUCAGCCACUACCACCGCUUUCGGGUCAACGGGCAUAAGGAGUACAUGCAGCACUCCCUGAAGACGGUGAGCUCCUUCGUGCGCCGCGAGGUGCUGCUGGUGCUGCAUCACAUCGCCCUCCUCACCGUGCUGCUGCCUGUCACGCUGUUCUUCCGCGAGGACCAGGGAGAUUUCUUCAUCGGCUGCUUGUUUCUCACCGAGCUCAGCACUCCUUUUGUUUCUCUGGGGAAAAUACUGAUUCAGCUGGGCCUCCAUGAAUCCUGGCUGCACAAGUUGAACGGCGGCAUGGUCCUGCUCACCUUCUUCAUGUGCCGCAUCGCCCUCUUCCCCUACAUGUACUGGAUGUACGGCAGCCACUACGGCAUCCCGCUGUACGCCGUGCCCUCCCGCCUGCCGCUCUCCGCCAACCUGGGCAACUGCUGCAUCCUGGGGCCGCAGGUCUACUGGUUCGUGCUGCUGUGCCGAAAGGGCUACCGGCUGUACCAGCGCAGUCGGCGGCCCGACUCCUCUAAGGACGAGUGAUCUCCAGUCGCCGUUGUCGCACACUAACACAACUACUCCCUCGCAUCCAACCCCACACUAUUGUACUGUAGGCCGGAAUGGGACUGCCGGCGUAUUUCGCACAAUUUUCACCCUCCUGUUUGGAAUCUGCUGCUAACAGUGGACCUCUCCCGUACCUUACAAUCGACUACUGAAGUUUCUGGCGAUGUCCUUUUUUGGGGAUUCUACCAAAGCCUCCUCCUCGUUUACACGGCGCCGAAGGCUUGAGGGCCGACUCAAUCAUCUCCGUCGCCGUGAUGGUCCGUUAAGAGUGUGCGGGUGGCUGCUACGAAAGGUAUUUAUUUGUAUUGCUUUUGUUGUACGAAUGGCGGCUCUUUGGUCUUGUUUCCGCUCCCACAGCAAGAAGGAUUCUCUCCACAGUGACGCAGAUUCAGGCAGUAUUAACCGAAGAAAUGUAGCCGAUUGGUUGUGUGUGUUUUUGGAGUUGUGUUACCGAAGUUGGACAUCGAGUCCAUUUUAACGUUUUGGAGAAUUCACUGGAAGGCUAACACUUUUUCACUCCACGGUCAGCCGGUGCCUCAGAGACGAGCAAUAAAGACGAGGGUGGACCACAUCUGGUCGGCUUCCAUAGACGAGGGCUUUAAACACUUCAGGUUUUUAUCAUCGUGUUGUUUCGUCACUAUAUCUUAACCUUUAAACUACUUCAUCUUUAUCGAGAGCGACCAUAUCAGCAGUUGAUUUUACAGUUCAAUAGAAGCUUUUGUUUUCUUUGAGGGGGAAAAUACUGCGCUGUUGGUUUUUUACGUCAUAAGACAACACUAUAAGAAUAUAUCGUACACUGUAAAGCUUUAUAGACGACUAACUGAUUUCCCUGCGAAGAGGAUCUAUGCAACAACAAAAAAAAAAGGACAUCCGCGCUGUAUGUUUACAAGACCUAAUUUGAUUUCCGUCUUGUUGCAUUAUGUUGCGUUUGGAUAGUUUGAGAUUACGUCCAUCGGAAAAAAAAACUGCAAUCAUUCCAGGUGAAAAGUUACUAUAGUCGCAAUCUCUUGGUUUUGUAGUUUUUUUCCUUCAUUAGGAUUGGUCGCUAUUUCAGUUUCGCAAAAACCUUGCCGGCAUUGUUGGGCUUGGUGCUAAUAGACAACCUACUUCAGUUUAAAUCGACCCAAGUUAUGUUCACAUUAUGGGGCAAAAUUUCCAUCCAUAUUUCCUUUGAAGCCAGUUUAGGGAUUUGCUGACUUAUUUACUUUUGAAAGUGACAUUUGUGAGAAUGACUUACUAAACACAGACCUACAGUUGGAAGGGGAUUCACAUGGCCCCAUGUUGCGGUUUACCUGACACAUGAAACGUGACGAAUUGGGGGGGGGUGCACUAUCCACUUUAGCCGCCAGAUGGCGGUAGAGUGUUGAAUAUCUUAACGUGUUUUGUGGCAUUUUCAACUUUCAGGCAUGUGAAAUGUCCGCGGAAACGCGGAAAUCUGCUUUUUUAAACAUUGUUUUUAGCGCCAAAAUAACACUUAAGCGUUUUUUUAAUGCAAUAUCAAAAAGUAGGGAUCGAGACUAAAUUUGUCGAACGCUCGCCUCAGCCGCAUGUACUCGCUGUUCCUAAACACCGCACUGAACUGCAAGACAGGGUGACGAUCAGUGGCGCCAAAACGAGCUCGCUACUUAGCACAGUUAGCAUCAUCGAGCUAGCUUACUGGUCAUCGCCUGUGUUCGCUGUCCGAGCCACAACAUUGACAUUUUUCUACUUUGCUGCUCCAAAGUGCUUCAAAUCUGAUCUUUUCACAUCAAGAGGUAGUCCGAAUCCGACUGGAAUCUGAUCUUUUCAAAUGUGACUUCAGUCGAAACGCAAUGCGACCCGUAUGGGACUUUUUUGUCGUCUUUGGGCGAGCCACGUCAUUCGUGCGCGCGGGGAAAAACGCAGCCCGUCAGCGGAAGUGGAUACUUCAUCACAACAUCUGGUUUUAGUGAGCAAAGUCUAUUUUCGACGGCCGAAUUUUCGGUGCAUCACUAGUCAGUAGUGCGCAAAUACUAGGCUAAAUGUAUUAUAUGAAUAUAUAUUUCCGAAGAAUAUCGAUUGUUGAAGGACUGGAAUUGACCCUGUGCCGUAUUUGCUUACAAAAAUAAAGCUAACAUUGAGCCACGCUGAUGUCCGUGUCUCCUCUACUUAACAGCCUUAAAAAGAUUAGAACCUUCCAAAUAUAUUACACUAUAUAUAUAUAUACACUACCGUUCAAAAGUUUGGGGUCACCCAAACAAUUUUGUGGAAUAGCCUUCAUUUCUAAGAACAAGAAUAGACUGUCGAGUUUCAGAUGAAAGUUCUCUUUUUCUGGCCAUUUUGAGCGUUUAAUUGACCCCACAAAUGUGAUGCUCCAGAAACUCAAUCUGCUCAAAGGAAGGUCAGUUUUGUAGCUUCUGUAACGAGCUAAACUGUUUUCAGGCGUGUGAACAUGAUUGCACAAGGGUUUUCUAAUCAUCAAUUAGCCUUCUGAGCCAAUGAGCAAACACAUUGUACCAUUAGAACACUGGAGUGAUAGUUGCUGGAAAUGGGCCUCUAUACACCUAUGUAGAUAUUGCACCAAAAACCAGUCAUUUGCAGCUAGAAUAGUCAUUUACCACAUUAGCAAUGUAUAGAGUGUAUUUCUUUAAAGUUAAGACUAGUUUAAAGUUAUCUUCAUUGAAAAGUACAGUGCUUUUCCUUAAAAAAUAAGGACAUUUCAAUGUGACCCUAAACUUUUGAACGGUAGUGUAUACACACAUAUGUAUAUGUGUGUGUGUGUGUGUGUAUAUAUAUGUAUAAAUAUAUAUAUAAUAUAUAUAUAUACAUAUAUACAGUGUAUAUAUGUAUGUAUAUAUAUGUAUAUAUAUAUAUACAUAUACAUACAGUAUAUAUACAUAUAUAUAUAAAUGUAUCCAUUUAUACAUUAUAUUACUUUAUUUUCAUUUAAAAAAACACUAAUUUUUAAGGUGUGGUGACCAUAUUAAAGGUGAACUGCACUUUUGUUGGAAUUUUGCCUAUCGUUUACAAUCAUAAGAGAAAAGAACACAUCUUUUUUUUUUUUAGGAUUUUAAAGAUGAUAAACGCUUGGAAGUUGCGGCUAAUUGGAGUCACCGUUGCAGCCUUUAACCUCUAAAAUAACUUAAAAACCCUCCUUCAAACAUUUUAUACACACACAGCAAGUCUACAUAUAAUGUAGUAACAGGUAUGUACAUAACAAUAUGUAAUAUGUACAAUAUUUACCAUAUUUUGGUAAUUUUAGUCCUUGCCGGAACUAGUUCUUUGCCGCAUUUACUUCCGUUUCCAUAGCAGCGCAACAUAUGUGUUCCUACAUCCGUAAACAAGGCGUAUGUGGGUUCUAAUCAUGGCAAACACGGUAACAAACAACAAAGACGACUAUUUUUGGACAAAUGAGGAUUCACCACCUUUUUUAAUCUGAAUCAAUGAAGGAUGAUCUACUGCUUCUGGAAGCCAGUGCAAAGGAAGAGUAAGACGUUGGAGCAGACGGAAGCCGAUAGUGGGAGGUGAAAGCCACUCGAAACUGCAACUUGUGGAAUUUGAAGCCAAGCUGUUUUGACAUAAAUGGAUUGCUUACCCAAAAGCAACAGGAAACGUCCCCGGCCAGCUGGACCAGACGAACAACUGUCCCAUCGAGUGAGUCACUAUACUAUCAAUCAUGAUACACACAGCACGUCAUGCGUGUUAUUACAACUACAGUACAUACACUGUCUGGCUAGUUGUGUACAAACAAAACAUGAAAUGUGGGCUAAUACAUUACAGUUCCAUGUUUUUCAGUCAGUACAGAUUGGUGUCAUAUCACAGAGUUGUGCAUUACAAACUCAAAACGGGUUUUACGCUGUCGUAGAAGCCAGCUUAACUCUUUUCUGUAACUAGCUUUUACGGCUAAUUCCGUAGCACGCCGAUGUGUUACUACGAUAGAAAAAGAGUUCCUCAGUGUUUGCUCUUACAAUAACAAUGUCUCUACAGCUUGGUUAUUAUACAGGUUACAGAACGUAAAUGAAAUAUUGUUGACACUUUUUGAAUGCAUUUUGAAAGUGAUUUAGUGGUGGAAUUGAUUGCUCGUAUUAGCUGCAAUGCCAGCCACCAAGAACGAGACGAUUUUUACAUGUUAGAAAUCGGGGGGAAAAACUAACAUUUUGUUGUCGUGUCUCUUAUAAGGACUAUGAACGAUAGGCAAAAUAAAAUUUAAAAAAGUGCAAGGCAAAAUGUUAAAAAAGUAGUGCAGUUCCCCUUUAAUAGUGGCGACUUUUAUUUAAUUUUAUAUUAGUAUAGUAUACCUGUAUAUAAUUUACAGCAGGGGUCCUCAAACUUUUUGACUCGGGGGACACAUUGGGUUAAAACAAUUUGGCCGGGGGAGCCGGGCUGUAU